AUGCAGUUUUCCAGAGGCGAUCCUUUACCAGACGGUUGGGAAAUGCGUUACGAUAGAAAUUCAGGCUGGCCUUUUUUCGUGGAUCAUCAUAACAGAAAUACGACUUGGAACGAUCCUCGAAUUAUGGGUCAUUAUAGAAAUCCUGAUGCUGGUUAUGAUUUCCAUUCACCAAAAAGAGUUGUGGAAAUACCAGUUAGAUAUGCACAGGAACCAGAAUCUCACCAAGAGGAAGAAGGGUUUCGUCGCCAGCCUUCAGCCCAAGACAGAGCUGACUUCUUCCAAACUGCUCAACCAACUUCACGAGCACGUGGCAGUCAACAUUCUCGACCACCUUCUGCGCCCAGAAAAUGUGGCAAUGUUUGGGAGAUACCAGUACAAUUUGUUGGACACAACAAGGCAGCGACUCAACAUUCCGAGCCUCAGAGUUCUCCUAGAGAUUCGCAGUCUCCAGUUCCAUCCUCUCAGCACAAGGAUAAACCACAGGGCCCCAUCUCAAUUCCUAUAGUCCAUGAAACAAAUAAACCAGCUCCGCCCCAUGAAACUUCCCAUCCAGCCAAAGCUGUGACAAACCAGGGUACCAAGAAACACAAAAAGACAAACCAGGGUACCAAGAAACACGAAAAUCCACCUGCGGCGAGCCCCAAACCUGAUGUUCCAACACCACAAGAUUCCUCCAAGUCAGAAUCGGCACCACCAACAUCAGAGCACAAAGAACCAGAACAAACUCAACCUGCCCCAAGCCUGGAAGGAAAGGCUUUUGAGAUUAUAAAUGGUGUCAUGAAGGAAGUGAAAGAACUUGAAGAACGUGUCAAUUCUUUCAAGGGAGUGAAAGCAGACAAAGAAUAUCGAUACUUGGAGGAGAUGCUGACUAGGAGCUUGAUAAAGCUGGACUCCGUGGAGCCUGGUUCAAAUGAUUCUGUGAGACAAGCAAGAAGGCAGGCUGUGAGAUACAUUGAAGCUGCUGUAAAUUUACUUGAACUGAAGGCUGUUUCUCAUGAGUCUGAAACUCUUCAAGCUUCCAGCUCUGGACAGAAUCAAGACAGUACAGACAUGUCUUCAAAUCGAAAUAAUGUCUCAAACGAUGAACAGUCUGCUAGCAUGAAUCCAGACGUCUCCACAGGCCAAGAAAAAUGUUCCACUGAUGAUAGGAAGCGAUGUGGAGAUGAGUGUGGACUUACAAGAGCAAGAUGUGCCAAUGAGUGA